AUGACGACCGUACCAAACAAUACCGACGAAAUCCGCCAGGCCGUCCAGGAACACUAUGGCCAGCGCGCCUUGCGGGUGAUCCAGUUGACCGACGUGACGCCGCCGCAAGCCGCGGGAUGCGGCGCGGAGGAUUGCGGCCACGGGACCUGUGGCGCCGACGACUGUGGGCAUGACGCGAUGGCCUGCGGUUGCGGCGAUCCUGCCGCCGCUGCCGCCUGCUGUAGCCCCGCCGACACCGAGCACGCCAUGACCCUGUACCAGGAAGCCCAACUCCAGGGCUUGCCCGUUGAAGCGAUGGCGGCGUCGGCCGGCUGCGGCAACCCCACGGCCCUGGCUGACCUCCGCCCCGGCGAAACCGUGCUCGACCUGGGCUCCGGCGGAGGCAUCGACUGUUUCAUUGCCGCCGAACAGGUGGGCGAAUCCGGCAAGGUCUUCGGGCUGGACAUGACACCGGAGAUGCUUGCUCUCGCCAACGCCAACCGCGACCGCAUGGGCGUGCACAACGUCGAGUUCGUGCAGGGCCAUCUCGAGGACAUCCCCCUGCCCGAUUCCAGCGUCAACGUCGUGAUCAGCAACUGCGUCAUCUGCCUUUCCCCCGACAAGGAUGCGGUGUUCCGCGAGGCCUUCCGCGUUCUGACGCCGGGCGGCCGGCUCCAUGUGUCGGAUAUGCUGGCCCUGACCGAGGAAGGCCCGCUCCUGACUGACGCCGAGUCCUGGGCCUCCUGCAUCGGUGGCGCCGAGUACCGCGGCAGUUAUCUGGCUCGCAUGGAAUCCGCCGGCUUCGUGAACAUCGCCACCAUCGACGAGGCCAUCCGCUGCGACGAGGACGAUGUUCCCCUCAACGUCGCCAGCGUCAAGGUAUCGGCUCACAAACCCCAGUAG